AUGCUUCACAGAAGUCCAUCGGGAGCGAAACGGAAGAUCCGGCAGAAGCGGGAUGGGGAAGGAAGCCGCCCAUCGCCAUUUCUCUCAUCUUCUUCUAGUUCAACCUCAUCGUAUCACGAAUCCUCAGCAUCGCCAUCAUCCACCGAAAACGUGUCGAACUACCGUAGCCUAAUCGAUUCCGGCGACUAUCAAUCAAUUCUGCCUGAUUUCAAUUCAACAGUGCCACCAGUGCCAACGCCAAGACUAAACGUACCGUACUCAUCAUCAAUGAGCUCUUUGGAACUCUCAUCGACGGCCAUUCAUAAACCGCCUCCGCCGCUUCCGCCGACGAAUGCGAAGCCAAUGAUUGAAGUGCAUCCGAUGCCCACUGACGAGUGCGCGUCGCUUUCAGGAUCAUCGAUUAGUAGCUCAACGGAUUUGGACUCUUAUAAGGCUAAGCCACUUCCACCAACGAAGCCAGCCGUGCCAGCAAAGCCGAAGACAUUGCUUAUGAAUCAUUUAGACAGGUCCACCUCAAUGACAUCGCUUUCGUCGCCGGUACAGCACACGACGUCGACAUUCCUCAACAAUUUCAUGCCGACGCCUUCGCUCAUCAAUUUGCAACAAAGCUAUCGGAAUCCUGACCUCGGUAGUCAAGAUCUCGCCAAAUUGGAGAAUACGCGGCAAGAGUCAAUUCAAAAGGUCAACAAGAUUCUAAUCAAUUACAAUGAGGAAAAAAACAAUAUCGAUCAUGAAAUGGAGGAGAUCCAACGCACCGGCGCAAGAAUCUUGUCGAUAAUUGAACGCCAUGAUAAACAUCUCGCCAACAAAGUUCGCCGCCAUUUGGAGAAUAGCAAGGAAUUGCUCGAAAUCGAAACCGAACUGGAAAUGCAACUCAAAAAGUUGAACGAGCGCUCAAAAGAUGGAACAAUCGAUAAACCGUCGGCUCAUUUCGAGGAGAGCCGAUUACGACGCCGAUUCCAAGAAAUCGAUUUGUUGCGAAAAAUCUAUUUGAGAAGAGAAAACGACAAUGAGAAAGACAUGGCGGAGCUUCUCACAGACGACGAGUUGCAGCAAUGGAAACGUUUCAAGAAGACAACAUUCCGUCUUUUGGCAAAUGAUGUCUCUGUCGACUAUUGCAUUCGUGAAUCGAAAAUGAAACUUGAUGCUCUUCAUUUGGCUCCAGGAACCAACACCUAA